AUGUUAAAAUUUCAUUGCGUGUCAUCGAUUUUAGUUUUACUACAAUUAUUUGACUCUAAUUUGGCCAUAACCACCGAUACGAACGCGGAUAGUGUUAACGAAUUUCAAUAUUGUUUACGAGAGUCAACACAUCCCAAUUUAAGGGAGUGUGUUGGUCGUACGGCCAUUAAUUUUCUGCAACGUUUCGAUGAAAAGGAUAAUUUUACAUUUGCAGACAGUGUAAUUGCGGCGCGUGACGACAAUGUGGCAUCCAGGUCAUUAGUGAAUUUUUUGGAUACUGAUCCCGUAGAUUUUAGAGGCAUUUUAGAAAAUGCUGGAGCCGUAUUUAGUCAACGAGCUCUUGAAUUCCACAUGGAUGCCAUAUACCCCGGCUUAAUGUUUAAAAUUGGCCCCUCUGCAGAUUCCAAUAGUGUGGCACAAUUUAUGUUAGACCCUACAGUAGAUGAAAGAAAUUUCAACUAUGAAGAACCUUCAACAGCACGCAUCUUAACCAAACAAUAUGUGUUGCCAUUUUUACUUGGACUAAAAUUCAACUUGGUAGCACUGGUGCCAAUACUGUUCACCGUAAUUUGUCUGCUACUGAAGAAAUCUCUUUUCAUAGCCAAGUUAGUAGUUUAUAUUAGCAGCAUUUUAGGCGUUGGUGGAAUUGCUGGUGCUUUGGGUACAUUUGGAGGUGGCUUGGGAGGUUUAUUUAGUGGUCAUAGUUUUGGGGGUGGUAUUCCACCUCAGCCUCCUCAUGGACAUGCAUAUGGUGGAGCGAAUUUUGGUGCUGUAGGUGGAGGUGUUGGCGGAGGUUUAGGUGUAUAUCCUGGUAAAAAUACUGUUUAUUCCCAAUAUGAACAAGAUGAAUUACAGCACAUUUCACCAUACAAGAGACAAGAUCGGAAAGUGGUGUUUGAGAAGACAAGAGAAAAUACUGGACGUGUUAGUGGCAACAACAAUAAUAACCAUAAUGUGCGAUCAACUCCAGCGCCCGUUGUUUUAGCUACUCCUGCUACAGAUCGAUUCUAUGAAUAUGAGAAACAGGUUCUUAUGCAAGAUCGUAGUGGUAAAUUGCGCCAUUCUAAUAGUAAAUUGGGACUUUCGGCUUAUGAUGAAGAUGAGGAGGAGGUGGCUGGUGUUAUAAACGUUGCACCCAGUCAUCGUUUUAAGACUAGUGACAAUUCGGGUUGGAAAGUGGUAAAUUUAAGAACAUUAGACAUAGCCAUUGCCAAUAAUGAUACAUGGCAAUUUAGUGAUUUUUUAGUUAUUGAAAAAAAUGCUGCCGCCAGCCCCUCCUCCACUAACAAGGAAACUCAUGACAAAUUACAACAUCUAUCAAAUGGACGCUCUUUAAGUGAUACAUUAGCUGUGAAAAUGUUACAAUUGGCUCGAACGCGUUCAUUAAAAUUACAAUUACCCACAUCCAUUAACAAUUUCUUUAAUAAACGCAGCAUUUCCACGGCUUUAGAUGAUUUUAAUGCGGAUGCCAAUGCUGUGGAGAGUGGUCGCAAGAAAAAGGACAAAGACAAGAACAUGGCAAUGAUGGGCGGUAUGGCGAUGCUGGCAAUGGUUGCACAAAUGUUUCUGGGCAAAGUGAUACUGAUAGCGGGCGCUGCAUUUGUUAUGGCCAAGGUGGCUUUGCUCAUCUCUGUACUGGGCAGUCUCAAAAAGGGAUCGGGUGGUAGUGGCGGUGGUACCGAUCACGUCAUUGUUACCGGCGGUGGUGGUGGCGGUAGCAGUGGUGGCCAUAGCCAUGAGCACAGCUCGGGUUGGCAUCGUAGCAUGCCCUAUGAUUACAAUAAACUCGAAAUAGUAGCAGCCGAUGAACACAAAUUCACUGAGCCGGUAACUUAUUAUGAAGUUGCCGAAAAUGACGAAUUCAAACGAAGAAAUCAAUAUCAACUGCCGCCAAAACAACAAAAUAAUUUGAAUAAAGUACAUUUUUAA